CAAAAUGUUCUCAGAGCAGCAUCCAGCAGAAAAUAUGCCUCAGAAGCAAUUAAAGGUGCCGUUAUUGGAAUUGAUUUGGGUACAACAAACUCCUGUGUGGCAGUUAUGGAAGGAAAACAAGCAAAAGUACUAGAAAACUCCGAAGGCGCCAGGACAACCCCUUCGGUUGUUGCAUUUACAGCUGACGGCGAGCGCUUGGUUGGCAUGCCAGCAAAGCGGCAGGCAGUAACUAACCCCCACAACACCUUCUAUGCUACCAAGCGUCUCAUCGGGCGGCGCUUCGAUGACUCUGAAGUGAAAAAGGAUAUUAAGAACGUUCCAUUUAAAAUUGUCCGUGCCUCCAACGGUGACGCCUGGGUAGAGGCUCAUGGGAAACUCUAUUCACCAAGCCAGAUUGGUGCCUUCGUACUAAUGAAGAUGAAGGAAACAGCAGAAAAUUACCUGGGACAUUCAGCAAAGAAUGCUGUGAUCACGGUCCCUGCUUACUUCAAUGAUUCUCAGAGACAGGCUACAAAAGAUGCUGGGCAGAUUGCUGGCUUGAAUGUUUUGAGGGUGAUUAAUGAACCAACAGCAGCUGCGCUUGCCUAUGGUCUGGACAAAUCUGAAGACAAAGUUAUUGCAGUCUACGAUUUGGGUGGUGGCACUUUUGACAUUUCCAUUUUGGAAAUCCAGAAGGGAGUUUUUGAGGUGAAGUCCACCAAUGGUGACACUUUCUUAGGUGGAGAAGAUUUUGACCAAGCUUUGCUACAGUAUAUUGUGAAAGAGUUCAAGAGAGAGAUGGGUGUUGACCUGACUAAAGACAACAUGGCCCUUCAGAGGGUGAGAGAAGCAUCAGAAAAAGCAAAGUGUGAGCUUUCAUCAUCUGUGCAGACUGACAUUAACUUGCCAUACCUUACUAUGGAUGCCUCUGGACCAAAGCACUUGAACAUGAAGCUGAGUCGCUCACAAUUUGAGGGCAUUGUAGCUGAUUUGAUCAAAAGGACGGUAGCACCGUGCCAGAAAGCCAUGCAGGAUGCUGAAGUCAGCAAGAGUGACAUCGGUGAAGUCAUCCUCGUCGGUGGCAUGACUAGAAUGCCAAAGGUGCAGCAGACUGUACAGGAUUUGUUUGGCCGUGCUCCUAGCAAAGCAGUUAAUCCUGAUGAAGCUGUCGCUAUUGGUGCCGCUAUUCAAGGUGGUGUGUUAGCUGGUGAUGUUACUGAUGUGCUGCUGCUGGAUGUAACUCCCCUCUCCCUGGGGAUUGAGACACUGGGAGGUGUCUUCACAAAGCUCAUCAACAGGAAUACUACCAUACCAACUAAGAAGAGCCAGGUGUUUUCUACAGCUGCUGAUGGACAAACUCAAGUGGAGAUUAAAGUAUGCCAGGGGGAGAGAGAAAUGGCUAGUGACAACAAACUUCUUGGCCAGUUCACAUUGGUAUCGCCACGUGGAGUGCCCCAGAUUGAGGUCACUUUUGACAUUGAUGCUAAUGGUAUUGUUCAUGUGUCUGCCAAGGAUAAAGGCACUGGACGUGAACAGCAAA